AUGGCAAAGUCAAGCCGCGCCAACUGUCAGAAUAUGGCAUGCAAAAAGGCAGGCGAUAAAAUUCAGAAAGGCGAGCUGAGAUUCGGAACUCUUGUUAAGAUCAAUGAGCACUUCGUCUGGAUGUGGAAGCAUUGGGGCUGUGUUACACCCGCUCAGAUCGAGAAUCUCCGAAACCAAGUCGGACCACUGGGAGACCUCGAAGAGAGUGACUUGGAGAGGAUCAUUGAUGGCUACGAUGAAAUCACCCCGGAGUCACAGGAGAAGAUCAAGGUGGCGCUCCGGCAAGGCCAUGUUCCAGAUGAAGACUGGAAGGGGGUGCCUGAGUGGAACCGGCCUGGUCAAAAGGGUAUCAACCGACGUACUCCACAGAGUAGCAAGAAGAAGAAGAAGGCCGAUGAAGAGGAUGGAUCUCCAGCGGAUGAAGCCGGGACUCCAAGUAAGCCCAAAGCGAAGAGGGGACGAGGCAAGAAAGUCAAGAUGGAAUCUGAUGAUGAAGACGACCUUGCGCUAUCCCCGCCACCAAAGAAGAAAUCCGCACGCCGCCAACGCAGGACCGAGGAUGAUGAAGACGAUGUCGCUUUGCCUCCACAUCCCAAUAAGACCACAAGGAGAAAGCGCAAGGCUGCAGUGAAGGAGGAAGAGGAAAAAGAGGUCGAGAAGUCACAAGCGAAGAAAGUCAAAACUAAAACCGAAGAUGAUGACGGCCAUGCCGCUACCGAGGAACCUCUGCCAAAAACCAAGUCCAAGAAAGCCAGCAAGAAAACAAAGACGGUCCAAAAGGAAGAUGUUGAUGACGAUGAUGUUCCCCUGGCUCCGAAAGUCAAAGCGGAGCAAGCCAAAAAGGCGAAGAAGAUCAAAGAGGAGCCUGAGCCCGAUGUCGAGUUUGAUGUCAAGGCAGAGGACAAUGAUGAUGAAAGCCCACACUCGGCUCCUCCCAAGGCACCCCCUUCUGAUCCCGUGGACGAGGAGAACAGAGACGCCGAUGUCGACAAUCCUGAGCAAAAGCCGAAGAAGAAAGCUGCCCACAGAGCAGCCGGUGAGACCAAGGCGAAGAAGAGGGGUCCCAAAUAA